UAUAUAUAUAAGUGGUUAUGAACGGUUUGCACAAAACCGACCUUAGCUCACUCCUCUGGUUGGAGGCUUAAAUUUUCAAUUUCAGAGAUUUCACUUGUGUUUCAAGCAAACCCAACAUUAGAAAAUUCCUUCAAAUUCAAUCAAAUCACCUUCUUGGUUGUAAACCCGGUAACUAGAACACCACUGCAUCAAAAGAAAACCAGAAAAGCGUUGCAAUUUUCUUCAGAUUUCAAAUCCCUACAUAUAUUUGCAUGGCAAAUUCAUUGAGGUUGUAUUUUACAUGCGUAAGGAACACUCUCGAGGCAGCUUUGUGCCUGCAGAAUUUCCCCUGUCAAGAAGUUGAAAGGCAUAAUAAGCCAAAGGUUGAACUCAAGACGAGCCCAGUACUUCUCCUCAAUCCUAUUUUGAUUUGUCGAAAUGAGGCUGAAAAAUGCUUAAUAGAAACUUCCAUCAAUUCACUCCGUAUAAGCCUUAAGCAAGUAGAUGAGCUGGAAAAUAUACUUACUAAAAAAUUUCUUAGAUUUUUGUCAAUGAGAGCAGAAGCAUUUCAAGUGUUAAGGCGAAAGCCAAUAAAGGAUUGGCAACAGCUAUAGAUUUGCCUUAUGGGUCCACUGGAGAGAGAAGCAACUGUAAUUAGAAAAUAAGCAUUCCUGGAACCAGAGUGGCAUAAUUGUACCUUUGUGUUUCUUUUUACUGAACAACCUUUUCAUUGCUUCACAAGCUGGGUUCAAUGGACCUUUUUUUCUCUGAUGGCAAUGGAGAAAUUGCACUUAUUGGAUAUGAUAAUGUGAUUUGAUGCUCAUUGCAAUAUGACAUGAGCUUGUAAUUCUCCCUAUGAAAGUGAAUAAAAUUCAGAUACAAUUGAUUA